CGACGACCUCCACGACUACAGUGAUGAAGGCGUUAUCGACGACCCUGCUACCCUUUCUGACGCUCCUGGCCUCGACGGUCGUACUUGCGGUGCCCACGGGCGAGCAAGUCGUGCUCGACGACCUCAGUCGCGUUGCCAAGGACUGGCAGCAUGCCGCCGAAGACGUGUUCCACAAGGGCGAGCAACGCGUCACGCAAUGGGUACAGGACGGAAGGGAGUUCAUCAAGCAGCACGAUAUUACUUACGAACUCGUUUCACACCCCGCGUUUGAGGAAUAUCAGCUUCGCAUGACCGAGCCGACUAUCUGCGACCCCUCCGUGCAGCAGGCGUCGGGUUAUCUCGACAUCGCGGACGACAAGCACCUUUUCUUCUGGUUCUUCGAGGCCCGCCAGAACCCCGAGGAGGCUCCUCUGGUUUUGUGGCUCAACGGCGGCCCUGGUUGCUCUUCCACCACUGGCCUUCUCUUCGAGCUCGGCCCGUGCCGCAUCGCGGACGAGGGCAAGAACGUCACGCUCAACCCCCACUCGUGGACCGAGUCCGCAAACGUCGUCUUCCUCGACCAGCCGGUCAACGUCGGCUACUCGUACGCUGAGGAUGGCACCUCCGUGAACACCACCCCGGUCGCGGCGGAGGACGUCUGGGCAUUCCUCGAGCUCUUCCUCGCCCGCUUCCCCAAGUACUCCAAGCUCCCCUUCCACAUCGCUGCUGAGAGUUAUGGCGGUAUGUACGCGCCGAGCAUCGCGAGCGUCGUGUACCACAAGAACGUCGACCUCGCUGCCGGAACGCUUGUCGCACCUGGGCUCCAGCACAUCAACCUUGAGUCUAUCAUCGUUGGCAAUGGCCUGACCGACCCCUACCAUCAGUUCGCAAGCGUGCCCGAUGCCGCAUGCGAAGGCGAGUACCCGGUCUUCAGCGAUCCCCAGGGCCCUGAGUGCCAGGCCCUCCGCACGAAGGUCCCUACCUGCCAGCGGCUCAUCCAGAGUUGCUACAACUACGAUUCUCGCUUCACCUGUGUUCCUGCGCUCCUGUACUGCAACAGCCAACUCAUGGGACCCGUUGUCCAGACCGGCAAGAACGUCUAUGACACCCGUCGCGACUGCGACAGGUCCAAGGAUGGUGAUCUCUGCUACCAAGAGCUCCAGUGGAUCGAGACCUGGAUGAACUCCCCUGAGGUCAAGAGGCAGCUUGGCGUCAACCCAUCGAUCGACUUCGCGAGCUGCAACAUGCAGGUCAAUCAGGCCUUCGCGCUCCAAGGUGACGGCGCUCGGAAUCGCGCGAAGCUCUUGCCCGAGCUUGUCGAGAACGGCAUCCGCGUCCUUAUCUACGCUGGUGAUGCGGAUAUGGCGUGCAACUACGUUGGAAACGAGCGUUGGGUCGAGGAGCUAGAGACGAAGUUCCAGCCCGAGUUCAAGAAGACCACGAAGCAGCCGUGGGUGACGCUCAACAAGGGCGACGUUUCGGGCUGGGUGCGCAGCGCUGGCGGAGAUGGCUUUACUGCGGGCAACAUCACCUAUGUCCAGGUGCACGCUGCUGGCCACAUGGUGCCGUUCGAUCAACCCGAGGCGUCGCUCGACCUCUUCUCGAGGUGGCUUGCGGAUGUGUCUCUGACGCUGAACACCUCUGAGGCGCGCACGUAUGGGUGGUGAUUGCCCUCCAUAUCUUAUACAUGACUCGGACAUCUUUGUACGAUACUGAUCAUGAUGUUAUCACAUGAUCGUUAUUCCGCCACGCGGAAACGCAUUCCGACGUGACUGGCCUAUUCGCGGCGAGUUCGUUGCAGAGCAAUUAGCCUCUCGGUCGUUUUCUCCUUCCGCCUUUUACACCAGAACUCUUCGGGCUCCGAUCGUAUUCGCCUUCCCCCUAUCACAGCAUCCGCUCUUCUCUGUGGCCGAUGACGCCUUCCAAUCCAAUCGAGCGUCGCGCCUUGGCUUCAGAAUAGCCAUCUUCAUCCGCUAGGUCCAACUCGCACGUCUUGUUCCGCAAUGCUCACUUCUUUCCUCCAUUCAUCAUACCCAGUGCCUGCCUGACGUGUGAGCGAGAAGGCUGUCUAUUAUGCCAGUUUGUCUUGGUUGCCGCCUGCCAUUGGCUGCAUUCAUCGAUAUCCUGCCCCGCCUUCCGG